AUUCAUCUUGAGAAUAAGUGCAGGAGAGCUUUCAUCUUCAUACUUUACAUCAACAACAUCCCCCUCAUGAACUACAGAUUGAAGAAUGUCUUUUCUCUUUACAAUGUCCAGAGAGGCUUCAAUUUCUGUCCAUUCAAUUAAUGCCCACAUUUUGUCUAUAAUGGAAAAAAAGGACUACAAUUUAAAACAGAUAGAUAGAUAGAUAGAUAGAUAGAUAGAUAGAUAUUCAAAGAGAUUUAAUCAUUUCAAUAGCAACUCAAAACCGUUUUAACUUCAUUGUUGCUAUAUGUUUCCAUGGUAACAUAUUACACUUAGUUAACUGUGUUAAGAAAUCUUGUGGUUUGUCAGCAUUUUAUCGUUGUGUUCACUACACCAUUGUUCUAAGGUGUCUUUUUUACUUUCAAGUAUUUUAAUUAAUGAAAAAUUAAGUUUUACUUACCCGAUUCACCAGUAGACGGCGCAGCUGCUCCGGAAUUCACAGCGUAUGACGCGUUUCCUCGAGUGUGUGCGCGAGCAACAAAAUAACGGAAAUGUAGCGACAAAGUAACUGCGCUUUAAGACCAGCAACACAACUGACUUUUUACUUCAGUAACUCUAUAAAGACAAUGGAGUAUAAGUUGUACUUGCAAAGCAAGAGUACAAUUCCAAGUAGCACUAAAAGAAGAUGGAGUGAUUGCCAUAAAGGUUUUAGGAAAAAGCAAUAUAAAGCAUGGUUGCAAGAUCCAGUUCGUCAAGAUGACACAUCUAACAGUGAAGAUGAGAACAGUUCCUCAUGCUAUAAGACCGAAACAGCACCACAUCAUACCUCAGAUGACACAUCUAACAGUGAAGAUGAAAACAGUUCCCCAUGCUAUGAGACUGACACAGAAUCAUAUCAUACCACAAUGGAUGCUGAAGCAUAUGACAACACACAGAAUUAUGAUGGAGAGAACCCCAAAACAACACAAGACAAGAUCUAUCCCACUGCUAAGAUUAGUAAUGAAGAAUCACAACUGGCAAUUUUAUGCUAUGCUCUUAGGCACACCACAACAAAAUCCGCUCUUGGUGACUUAUUAGACCUAAUUAAUCUACAUUGCCCAGAAGGAACCAACGGAGCACCAAAUAGUCUUUACACGUUCUUGAAGGAAUUUGAUUAUAAUUCAUUUGAAAUAGUGUACAUCUGCCCCACAUGUCAUCAAUACUUUGGUAAUGAAAUCCCAGCAAAUUGUGAUUCAUGUGGUUUUGAACCAGGGGAUAAGAACUCUCUUAUUAAAUCUGGUGACGUUUUCAUGAAAUUGUCCAUAAGAAAACAAUUGGAAGACAAAAUGUCAGAUUCUACAUUUACAGCAGCACUGAAUUACAAGUGGACCAGAGUCAAAAGCAGUCCAGACAGUGUUCAAGACAUAUUUGAUGGUGAAAUGUAUAAAUCAGUAGGUCCCUGA